GCCACCGGAAAGCUGGGGGAGGGGUUCUUGGGGCUGUUGAGAGUGGAGGGCGGCGGCGCUGGCGCUGGGCGACCGGCUCCGCUGCCUUUGGGAAACAGUUCGGUGUCUGGCGCACGCCCGGUUCUCUCCGCAUCCGCCCUUCUCGGCGACUCCCAGGCCCGGCUCCCCCAGGUCCUCCCCCAACCCCCCGCCUGGCGAUGUGUCCCUCCGGCCGGGUGUAGCUGCUGCGCGUGCGCGGGACCGGCCGGCCGGGCCAUGAGCGGAGCCGGCGGCGGCGGCGGCGGCGAAGGUGGCGGUCCGGGCAGCGGAUCCCCUGUCGCCUGGCGGACGGGAUGGAGCCUGGUGGCCACGGCCGCCAUAUACCUGGUCUCCUCCGCGCUGGCGGCCGGGGCCGCACCCAUGAGUAAGGAGGAGAAGCAGAAGCUCGGGAAUCAAGUGCUGGAAAUGUUUGAUCAUGCUUAUGGUAAUUAUAUGGAACAUGCUUACCCAGCUGACGAACUCAUGCCCUUGACCUGCCGGGGUCGUGUUAGAGGUCAGGAGCCAAGUCGGGGUGAUGUUGAUGAUGCAUUAGGAAAAUUUUCCCUGACACUGAUUGAUACUUUGGACACUCUUGUGGUAUUAAAUAAAACUAAAGAAUUUGAAGAGGCUGUGAGAAAAGUUGUAAGAGAUGUUAAUUUGGAUAAUGACAUAGUUGUAUCAGUUUUUGAAACAAACAUCAGAGUCCUUGGGGGUCUCUUAGGUGGACACUCAGUGGCUAUCAUGCUGAAGGAGAAAGGCGAACACAUGCAGUGGUACAAUGAUGAACUUCUCCAAAUGGCCAAGCAAUUGGGUUAUAAGCUUUUACCUGCUUUCAAUACCACUAGUGGCCUUCCUUAUCCAAGAAUUAACUUAAAAUUUGGCAUGAGAAAACCAGAAGCUCGAACAGGAACAGAGACAGAUACCUGCACGGCAUGCGCGGGUACCUUGAUCCUUGAGUUUGCUGCCCUAAGUCGAUUUACAGGAACAUCAAUAUUUGAGGAAUAUGCACGGAAAGCGCUUGACUUCCUCUGGGAAAAAAGACAGCGCAGCAGUAAUUUAGUAGGAGUAACUAUUAAUAUUCAUACUGGAGACUGGGUACGCAAAGACAGUGGAGUUGGAGCAGGAAUUGAUUCAUACUAUGAAUAUUUAUUAAAAGCCUAUGUCUUGCUUGGAGAUGACAGUUUUCUUGAAAGAUUUAACACACACUAUGAUGCCAUAAUGAGGUACAUUAGCCAGCCUCCUCUUCUGCUUGAUGUGCACAUCCACAAACCAAUGCUAAAUGCUCGAACUUGGAUGGACUCUUUGCUUGCCUUCUUUCCAGGUUUGCAGGUUUUAAAAGGAGACAUUAGACCUGCUAUUGAAACUCAUGAAAUGUUAUAUCAGGUGAUAAAAAAGCACAAUUUUCUUCCAGAGGCUUUUACUACAGAUUUCAGAGUACAUUGGGCUCAGCAUCCCUUAAGGCCAGAAUUUGCAGAAAGUACCUACUUCUUAUAUAAAGCUACAGGGGAUCCUUACUACCUCGAAGUAGGGAAAACACUUAUUGAAAAUUUAAAUAAAUACGCUAGAGUGCCUUGUGGGUUUGCUGCCAUGAAGGAUGUUCGUACUGGAAGUCAUGAGGAUAGAAUGGACUCUUUCUUCUUAGCUGAAAUGUUUAAAUAUCUUUACCUACUGUUUGCUGAUAAAGAAGAUAUUAUUUUUGAUAUAGAAGAUUACAUUUUUACAACAGAAGCUCAUCUAUUACCUCUUUGGCUCUCUACUACAAAUCAAACAGUCUCCAAGAAAAACACAACUACAGAAUAUACAGAACUGGAUGAUAGUAACUUUGACUGGACAUGUCCAAAUACUCAGAUUCUCUUCCCAAAUGAUCCAAUGUAUGCCCAGAGUAUUCGUGAACCCUUGAAAAAUGUGGUGGAUAAAAGCUGUCCUAGAGGUGUUGUCAGAGUAGAAGAGAGUUUUGGCAGUGGACCUAAACCUCCACUGAGAGCCAGAGAUUUCAUGGCCAGUAACCCAGAGCAUUUGGAAAUCUUAAAAAAGAUGGGAGUUAGUUUGAUUCAUCUCAAAGAUGGAAGAGUGCAAUUGGUCCAGCAUGCAAUUCAAGCUGCAAGUUCACUUGAUGCUGAAGAUGGUUUGCGAUUCAUGCAAGAGAUGAUUGAGUUGUCUAGUCAGCAACAGAAAGAACAACAGUUACCACCUCGAGCUGUUCAAAUAGUUUCCCACCCAUUUUUUGGCAGGGUAGUAUUGACUGCUGGGCCAGCACAGUUUGGGAUGGACCUGUCUAAACAUAAAUCAGGGACAAGAGGAUUUGUUGCAAGCAGUAAACCAUACAAUGGCUGUUCAGAGAUUACUAACCCUGAGGUAGUGAUGGGGAAAAUUGCUUUGAUGCAAAGAGGACAGUGCAUGUUUGCUGAAAAGGCUCGAAACAUCCAAAAAGCUGGAGCAAUUGGUGGCAUUGUGAUCGAUGACAACGAGGGGAGCAGUAGCGAUACUGCCCCUCUUUUCCAGAUGGCUGGUGAUGGAAAGAAUACAGAUGACAUCACAAUCCCCAUGCUGUUCUUAUUCAACAAAGAAGGAAAUAUUAUAUUGGAUGCAAUCAAGGAAUACGAGGAGGUAGAAGUGCUUCUCUCUGAUAAAGCAAAAGAUCGAGAUCUAGAAGUAGAAAACAUGGAGCAAAAGUCUUCUGAAAAUGACUCUGAGAAUCAAAAAUCUGAAAAGACUACAUCAGGUUCUCAGGACCUUAGUUCAGUCAGUCAGGAGUCUGUGGAAGAAAGUUCUCCAGUUUCUCAACCAGAAUCAGUGUCUCCUGCUGAUGUGGACAGUGCCAGCAUUUCGUCUUCCAAAGAAGAUUCCUGUCCCACUGAAAACCAUGAGACUACAAUCCAUGACAGUGAAUGUACAGAAUUAGAUAACCAGCCUCAAGAACAAUCAAAAACUGAGGAGGAGUCUAGCCCUAAUGUUAGCUGGGAUAAUAAAGUCCAGCCUAUGGAAUCCAUAUUAGCAGACUGGAAUGAAGAUAUAGAAGCAUUUGAAAUGAUGGAAAAGGAUGAACUAUGACUCACAAAAUCAUCUACUGGUGGGUAUUUAAAAAGGGAGAAAAGGUGAGCUUUGGUUAAAGUAGACCCUAAUGCCAAGGAAGGCUCUCAUGUGGGAGUUGUUAAAUAUGGUGAUGAGCAACCAGGUUCUGACUGGAUUUUAAAAAUCCUAGAAAUCCAGUGCAUGCUAUGUUAGGAUUGGCCUUGUUUAAAACUCUCCCAUUAGAAAGAAAUGGGAGCUUGCUGUUUUCCCCUCCAAACAUGGCAGCAUUGCAACACAAUGAUGGCAUAUCUCCAGUUUUGGAAUAAGUAAUGGCAUUCCUGGGCAUCGGGGCCACUGAAAGGCAGAAGCAUGAAUGUAGUAGCCCUUCUUACCUCCUGGCAGUAGAGCUUUGGGAGGUAGAAGUUGGGUUGCCUUUUAAAGACAACAAAGGUAGGUAAGUGCUGUGAACAGUCAGGAUUGUGCUGCCUUACAAACCACCACUACAAUUGGUACAGUUUGUUACAAAGCAAAUAUGUUUAUGUUAAGAACAUUUUUGCUCCUUAUAUCCAUUUAUUUCUUUCAUUGGCAAAUGAACAAGGUGAUUUGGGUUUUUCUUCUUGACAUUGCCCUUUUUAUACAAACCAAAGGUGAAGCUAAUGUGCUUUCUCAGUGAAUUUCUCUGCAUGGAAGCCAGUCAGUGGGACCAGGCAAAAAGGUCAUUGUGAUGUGUUGUGGGAAACGGUCGCUUAGUACUCUUGGAAAACAGGGCCAAAAACAAAAUACAGUUUUGCAAUACGGACUUCCUUUUGGGCCUGCCAUGGUAAAAGCUUUUAAAGCUGUAACUACUCAGUAACACUAGAACUUAGUGUUGUUCUCUGUUGUAGACUAGACCACAAGUCUCUUUUCGGUUCAUUUCUCUUGAAGAUGUUACCUCUGAACAUCAUCAGCCUUAUAAUAUAUCACACUUUUAGUAUGCAAUUUGAGCCAUAAGGCCAGUAUCACCAACAACUGACUACAUUUCGUUCCAUUUGUCCAGCUUAUAGAGCCAUGAUAAAACUAUGGUGGUGAUAUAUAAAUCCAGGGAUAACUGGUAUUUUUUCUUUGAGUACUUCUCUUUCUAAAGUUGCAAUUAGGGCUAUUCAUAUUUUCUGUCGAAUCAUGUUUUUCAUAAGUAUUCUCUUGAAUGAGUACCAGAAAAUUUGUCUGUGGUCAUCUAUGAAGAAACUCACACAAUAGCAACUAACAUGUAGCUUUAUGAGAAAACUUUAUUUUGUGGCAAUCUAAUACUGGCCACGUUUAACAGUUUUAAGUGUUUGGUUAAUUAACUUUUGAUUUCUGUAGACAUCUUGUUUAGCAGUAAAUCAUGGCUUCAUUUUGUAAUCCUUUCCAAACAUUUAUGAAUCAAUCUAAAAGUUUAUAAGACAGGCUUAAUUCUCUUUCCCUACCCCCUUGCCUCCCACCUGCCUUUUAUCAUUUGGCAAAAUGACGUUUUCUUUAUGUACAGUUUUGUGGUACUGGUGAACUUUUAACGGUAUAUGCAGCUAUUAAUCAGAAUAGCUGUAUGGCAUUUGUAGUUAUGUAUAUUCAUGUACAGUGUGACUUAGAUUCCAGAUAAAUGGUGUAUUCUUUUGUAAGGGGGGGAAGUAAUUGCUUUAAAAAAUUCUAGUUAAACAUAAUUGAGGCAGAGUAAAUUAAAUCUAAUGAGAAUUCACUUUAGAAAGAAAUUGGUAGCAAAUAAAAAUCUUCAUUGGCCCUUAAUUAAGUCUUACUCCAAAAUAGACAUUUUUUUAGUCUUUCUGCACGUGAAAUUUGGUAUUUGAAGAUAAAGCUUCAUAGUACAGAAUAAAAGAGGAUGGAUAAAGUGCUUCGUUAAUCUUGAUUUCAAAACUGCCAAAAUAGCUGAAGCUUAAUAAUACUUGACUUGCCUUGAUUUAGGGGCUAGGGCUUGGUGAGGAAGAGCAGAUGGUCUUCCAAACUGAUUAUGGGAACCUUAUACGCAUUGCUUUCAUUUUUGUAGCUUAGAGCCAUUACUUCCUGAGUCUAAGCUUUCUGAAUUGUCAAAACAAAGUAAAUUAUUUUUCACCAAGAACCUAGCGACAGAGGAUCUCGGGGCCGAUCACCACUGAAGAGCUGGCUUGCUGCCAUGCCUCCCUCCCUUUGGCCAGUAGGGGGACCUCUUUUCUUUCUUUAAGGUCUGGAAAGAACUUGUUCACUUGUUUAAGGAUUUGAAUCAUUUAAAAACAAAUAAAAAACCCUGACAAAUUAGGCCAACUGCUUGAAACAAUUACAGUCUUUAAAUUUAUCCUUAGGAUAAUCAGUAAUGUUCACCUCAUAUAUCCCAAAUGUGUCCUUGCCUAUAAUUUACUGGCAUUAGGGUCUUAAACAAUUUAUCAUACUGCCACUAAAUAGUCUUUUAUUUCAUUAAGAAGAAACCCCAACAGUAUCAAGUAAGGUUUUUUUGGAUAUACUCGUAUGCAUUGUUUCCUGUAGAUUUGGGAGACUUUAAAAAAAAUCCUGAACUUAGAAACAUCUGGUCUACCUCAGUUAAAUGUUGACUGCCUGGAGAUUGAGCUGAAGUGAUCACCAGAGCCAUAAAAGUAGUUUGACCAGGAGGAAUUUGCACUCUGUUUACAAACCUGGAAUCAAGGAUUUUAAUCUGAAAAUUAAAGUUAGAUAUGAAGGAACAGGGCAGGAAACGAAAGGGGAUGGUUUAAUUCAGGUAUUUUCAUGUUUAAAAAGCUAACGUUUACCUAAUAGAAAGAAAACAACUAGAGUCUUAGCCUGCUCAUAACUGUUCUAUGAACCAUUAGCGUCAGUCUUCAGUACUUCUUCUUUGAAGCUUCCAAGUAUAAGAGAAUUAUAAUUUAUCAGAUGUGGUUGAGUAGGGGAUUUUGUUGAAUAUGUGUUUUAUAGGCUCCCAAUGACAAUAUAGGUCUUGUAUCAGAACCAAUCAUUGUAACAUUUUCCUUACAAUAUUGGAUUAAUUAAAAUUAGAGAGUUUUAAAAUCACACUCUCUAACUUAAGUCAGUUCUUAUUCUCUUAAAGAUAUUUAUUGUCUAUUUUAUUUAUCAUUUUGUAACUGUUUUACAAUAAAAUUAACGUUUGUUCUCCUGCCAAACCCAGUGUCCAACUUAGAAAGCUCAGCACUAGUCAAAUGUUGUUCAUAAUUUGGGGGUGGGGGUGGAUAAGAAACCUAGUGAAUAUUCCAAUAGUUUGUUUUAUGCACAAGGCUUCAGUCAGAACAUAGAAAAAAAAACAUUCUGUGAAUGAAAUAUUGUAUGUUCAGAUUUUAUAAAAGACAUUUUUAAAAGCCCAAUUUACAGCCGUAUAUUUUCUUAUAAAUGUAAUUUAUGAAAAAAGAUGUCUGUACUAACAGGUGCUGUAACACUACUGUUGGAUUUUACUGUUUGGUGAUAAAAUGUAUACAAUAUUUCUAAGGAAAACUGUGUACUGUGAUGUAAAAGUCUGGGCAGAAAUGUAUAUAAUCCUUGUAUAUAUAAUUGUGUAUUUGAUUAUAAUUGCUGAUUGUAAAGAUUUAAUAAAAUAUGUAAAUAUUCUAAUCAA